ACCGUUCCUAUGUGUAAUUGACGUGGCAGAUGAAUCCAGUAAGUUCACGUCAUGUUGAAGACACAAAUUACAUAAUUCACGUCUCCUGUUAAUUGCAUCUAUCUAUCUAUCUAUCUAUACUUAUACAAUAUAAAACCCACAUAUAUUCACGCACUACUUCACAUUGAUCAGUGAUCACAAAUCUUUGUGUUUAUUCAGAGGUGCUUUAUUUGGAUAUUUUUGGUGUCAGUAAUCGAAGAAGGAUCUGGGAAGAUGUCGAAAGAAGUUGCUAAUGGAUCCACGAAACCCCCUCCAACACCUUCUCCAUUGCGCACUGCCAAAUUUUUUCAGGCCAACAUGAGAAUCUUAGUUACUGGAGGAGCUGGAUUUAUUGGCUCUCAUCUAGUUGACAGACUGAUGCAAAAUGAGAAGAAUGAGGUGAUCGUGGUUGAUAACUACUUUACUGGCUCAAAGGACAACCUAAGACAGUGGAUUGGUCAUCCAAGAUUUGAGCUUAUUCGACAUGAUGUAACAGAAACAUUGUUGGUUGAAGUUGAUCAAAUAUAUCAUCUUGCCUGUCCUGCUUCACCAAUUUUCUACAAAUAUAAUCCUGUUAAGACAAUCAAGACCAAUGUCAUUGGGACACUAAACAUGUUAGGACUUGCCAAGAGAGUGGGAGCAAGGAUUUUAUUGACAUCAACUUCAGAGGUUUAUGGAGAUCCCCUUGUACAUCCUCAGGAUGAGAGUUAUUGGGGAAAUGUCAACCCCAUAGGAGUCCGGAGUUGUUAUGAUGAGGGAAAAAGAGUAGCAGAGACAUUGAUGUUUGAUUAUCAUAGGCAGCAUGGAAUUGAAAUACGGAUAGCCAGGAUUUUCAACACUUAUGGCCCUCGGAUGAAUAUUGAUGAUGGCCGUGUUGUCAGUAAUUUCAUUGCUCAAGCGAUUCGUAACGAGCCUUUGACUGUUCAGUUGCCUGGAACCCAGACUCGCAGUUUCUGUUAUGUUUCUGACAUGGUUGAUGGCCUUAUUAAACUUAUGGAAGGAAAUAAUACUGGACCAAUUAAUAUUGGGAACCCAGGUGAAUUCACAAUGAUGGAGCUUGCUGAAAAUGUAAAGGAGCUUAUUAAUCCAGAAGUCCAAAUCAUAACUGUGGAGAACACGCCUGAUGAUCCUCGCCAGAGAAAGCCAGACAUAACAAAGGCAAAGGAAGUGUUAGGUUGGGAACCAAAGGUAAAGUUGCGUGAUGGCCUUCCUCUCAUGGAAAGUGACUUCCGCGAGAGGCUUGGAAUCCAAAGGAAAGUGUGAUCUCCAGUAACAUGUAUAUGUCUGGGUCACUUUUGGUUAUGAAGAAUACAGUUAAAGUUUUUCGAGGUACUAGGAUUUGUUGCUGAGGAUCUGAAAAUGAAAAGCUUUCUGGUUUUUGUUUUAUGUAUUUGAUUAGACAUUACAGUUUUAUUUUAUGAAUGGGAAAAGGUAUGUCUGCAGUGUCCUAAACUGUAAGCUUCGUGUUGAUAUAUGAAAAAUAAGAUGUGCUCUCUUGGUCUUUUAA